GAAAAAGAAAAUGUUUGUUUGACUUGACUCAAAAAAGAAUCAUUAAGCAAAAAUUCAACAUAAUUCUCCCGCUAAUCUCGCCUCUUCAUACAAUACACAGACAUUUCCCUCCUUUAUGUCCCAAACCGCUCUCAUUCUCACUUUUUUCUUCAACUAACACACAACAGUACACAAUGAUUCAACUACCCCAUUUCUUCUUCUCCUUCUUGAUCAUCAUCACCACCACCACCACCAUCUCUACCUCCACUCCAACCCCAUCUUUUCCCUUUGGUAACUUGUCCUCAUACCACAUUAACUGCGGCACUUCAACAAACAUAACAGACCCCUUCAAUACAACAUGGCUCUCCGACCGUUACUACACCGGCGGGGCCACCACCACCGUCUCGGAGCCACUCCGCUUCAACCUCCCCUCAGAAAAAACCCUCCGCUUCUUCCCUUCCUCCUCCUCCGGCAAAAAAAACUGCUACUCCUUCCCUUCACUUCCCUCCGCCCGCUACCUCCUCCGCACCUUCACCGUCUACGACAACUACGACGCAAAGUCUCGUCCUCCUUCCUUCGACGUCGCACUCUCCUCCACCAUCAUUUUCAACUGGCGUUCUCCCUGGCCUGAAUCCACAGCACGCGACGGCGCUUAUGCUGAUCUUUUCGCUUUUCUUCACACUCCCUCCGCCGCUGAUCUUUGCUUCUACGGCUUCGCUACCGAUGCUCCGAUCAUCUCAUCAAUCGAACUCAUUCCUGUAAAUUCCGCUUCGUAUGAUUCUAACUCCACCGGAGAAAACUUCAUUCUCGUUAACUACGGUAGAGUUUCAUGCGGCUCCGGUGAUCAUUGGGGCGCUGGCUUCACCAACGAUACUGAUAAAUUCGGCCGGUCAUGGCAGCCGGAUGAAACAUUCCGAACCGAACCUGAAGAAAUAGUCAGAGUUUUAUCAACGGAGAAUACCGUGAAUGGUACUGAAAAGGAGCCGAAUUAUUUUCCGAUGAAGCUUUACCAAACGGCGGUGACGACGGAGGAGGAGACAUUGGAGUACGAAUUGAGUGUGGACGCGAAGAUGGACUAUAUGGUGUGGCUGCAUUUCGCGGAGAUUGAUUCGAGUGUGAAAAAAGAAGGAGAGAGAGUUUUUGAUGUGUUUAUCAAUGGAAACAAUGUAACAAGAGUUGAUAUUUACAAAGAAGUGGGAAGUUUUGCUGCUUUUACUUGGCAUUAUACUGUGAAAAAUUUGAGUAGUAAUGUUUUGGGGAUUAAGCUUGUUACUGUUUCUGGUGCUCCUUUGAUUUGUGGUUUUGAGAAUUAUGCAUUGGUGCUUAAUGAACCUUCCACUCACCCUCUUCAAGUAAGUGCUAUGAAGGCAUUGAAGGAAUCGCUUCGAGUUCCAGGUAGAAUGGGAUGGAAUGGUGAUCCUUGUGCUCCUACAACUUGGGAUGCUUGGGAGGGUGUUAGCUGCCGUAUGAGUGAUGAUAAAACUGCUCUCCUCAUUACUGAAAUAAAUCUUGGAAGUCAAGGCUUGAAAGGGAACAUAAGUGACCAAAUUAGUCUUUUGUCAGACUUGGUAACCCUGAACUUGAGUUCUAAUUCCUUGGGGGGCGAAAUACCAUCAGGACUGGGUCAGAAAUCCCUUAUACAAGUGGAUUUAUCUAAUAAUCAGUUAACCGGCUCUAUACCUGACAGUUUGGCAUCUUCAGCUUUGCAGCUUGUGCUAUUGAAUGGUAACCUAUUGGAAGGACGAGUGCCAGAGCAACUUUAUUCUGUUGGCGUGCAUGGUGGAGCUAUUGAUCUCUCAAGCAACAAGGGUUUGUGCGGUGUACCAUCACUUCCAUCAUGUCCUAUGUUUUGGGAGCAUGGCGGAUUAUCGACUCGGGGUAAAAUUGCAAUAGUCUUUUCUUGUCUUUUUGUUUUCUGCGUGGUACUGCUGCUGGUAUAUAUCUACAUCAGAAAGAAAAGGAACGAUUAUGACUUUGGUCUACCCCAUGAAAUAAUGGCUCUAGCUGCCAAGAGAAACAAAUAUCAGAGGCAGAAAUCACUGAUGAUUCUUGAGCUGGAGAGUCAACACGCCAAAGGAUUCCCUUCACCUUUUACUCCUCUAUAACAUGUUUUAAUUAAAAUAGAAGAUUGAUUUCACAGUUUUCAGAUAAAUAUACAUCAUAUACUGCAUAGAGAAAAUAAUUCAAUCUAAGCUUGUGGCAACCUUGCUCGACCUUGACGUAACACAAUGCUGCUUCAUCACAUUGAGGAUUCUGCAUGCUAAGUGUUGUCAUGCACUUUUGACAAUCAUUUUGAACCAUUGUAUAAGAGACAUACCCCGAUAAUAUCACUAGCCUUCUGUACCUUUCGAUUAAUGUCUAUUAGGAACAAUUCAUCAAGGCAUACCAUUUUAGCUGCUGAGUUUAGUGUUUGGUUUUUCAGGUAAUCACAAUAGUGAGCGAGUUCUAUUGUACAAUGUAUUGUCUGUUGAUUCUUAACACUGUAUACUGAUUUAUGUAAUCACAAUAGUGAGCGAUUUCUAUUGUAGAAUGUAUUGUCAAAGCUUUUCGAUUCAUUUAUACCCAAGUAAAGCAUGAUAAAGAAAAUUGUGUAUAUUUGAUUGCAAGCUUUUGAUGUGUAUGAGUUAAUGUUUUGGCCUUUGUAAGUUCAGUCUGUUGCAUUGUCUUGAUCUUUGUAGUGAGAACGUCGGUAAUAGCAAAGGCUUUAUACUA